CGUUCGCGUUUUUGGGUUCCCAUUCUUCAAAAUUUUGCUUGGUUUCCUUGUUCGCCACCACGCAACCACAACUAGCUAGCUAGCCAGGACUGCAACUUCUCUUGCAAUAAAAAGCCGACUAACAAGAUGACAUCAAGCCGACAUCCUUUACUGCAUCAUCAUUCACAUCACUCACAUCAUCCUAGUAGUAGUCGCAAUGGAACGAAACAAAUACUCUUGAUAGCAACUUUCUGCUUUGCACUGCUGAUCGUCGUUGGGACUCAAUGUUAUGCUGCCAUGGGUCGAACCGAUCUUCUGACCCAGAAUCCCCACAGUGCAGCAUUUGUGACCAAGGAUGACUAUAUUUCCGAUUCUGUGGUGGAAUAUCGCAAGGAGGGAUCAGAUGAAGGACAACCACAAAAUUCUCCAGAAGAACCAGGGCUCGAUUAUAAUGGAACUCCACUGCAUGUGGUCUUUUCCACAAGUUGCAGCGAGCAAAUGCACUGGGAAUCCUACACCUUCUUUUACCAUGCCUUCAAGGUCAGGCAACCAGGCACUGUGACGAGAAUAGCCUCGGGAUGCACGGAUAAAGAGGCGGAAUUUGCCCUCCAAUUCCACAGAGAGAGCAUCCAAACCAUGUCCGAUCGAUUCCGACUCCAUUUGACGCCAGACUUUAGCAAGCAACGGCUCACGGACAAGAGCAAUUACAAGUACAUGAACAAGCCAUUUGGAUUGAGAUCGUGGCUGGAAAAUGUGCUGCAAAUGAAUUCCACUGACAGUCGGCGGCCUCGGGGAGUCGAAGAUGGAGUGGUCAUACUCAUGGACCCUGACAUGGUCUUGCUGAGACCCUUGGUACAUGACUUUUCCAAGGAAGAUGUCAUUUGGGUCGAAGACAAUCCGGCCACAACCAUGGUCAAACACGGGUUCCCCAUGGCGCAACAGGAUGGAUACCUGGGCAAUCAGUGGAUGUACAUCAACGGCACAUUCAUCACGGGAGACCCAACAAUCACCAAACCCAAGGAUAAGUUUGGUCCUUUGUAUUGGAACACGGGUCCUCCGUACCUGGCGACCGUCAAAGACAUGUAUGACAUUAGUGUCUUGUGGACGGACUACGCACCUCGAGUGGAUCAUAUCAAUCCAGGAUUGUUUGCCGAAAUGCAAGGCUUCAUCUGGGCCACGUACAAACUGAAUUUGCCACACACAUUGAUCAAAUCCAUUGUCGUUUCGACAACAAAAGCACAUCAUCGCGAAGGUUGGGCUUACAUUGACAAUCUACCCGACAGCGAAGUGUGUGUCCCAUCACCGGCCAUGAAGCUGCCCAUUGGUUUGCAUUACUGUAAACGUUACGGCCUGGGACCAGACUUCUUUUUUUCCAAGUACCGGCUCAAGAAAAACUAUCUCAACUGCGAAAAGAAUCUGCUCCAGCCACCGCCCAAAGACAUUCACACCAAGUAUGAUUAUUUCAUUUCACCGCCACCCCCCCAUGGCAAACCUCCGAAGGAGCUAGAAAAGAAAUCCUUUACACAAAAGCAAGCCAAACGAGAAGGCUUUAUGCUUUGUGGACUGAUCCACGCCGUGAAUGAAGCAGCAACCUACUACAAGAAACACAACUGUGACGAUAAGAUUGCAAAUUUCAACAAGGUUUACACUAUCAGAAACGAUCCAGGGAAAUACUAAUUGAAAGUCGUAUGAUUUUAGCAAAGUGUACAGUAAAUGCGGAAUGCAAGAAGCCACACAACAAUAACGAAGUCUCUGGCAAUGAUACCGUACAGCGAAAAGACCUAUAUCGAGGGCACAUCCAAAGACAGUGUGAAACAACCUUACUGGCCGCGUGUCCAUGAGCAAAUGGUUGCAUGCACAAGUGCUGGAAGCACUUGAACGAAAAGCGAAACAAAACGACAAUUGCAAAUAGUCAACUCUUGCAGUUGGAAGGUUGGUCUACUAUGUAAUUCGUUUUAGACAAAGUGUCACAUCCUGACAUCCGUCACCAGGAAACC